AUGUGGCAGAGUAAUAAGACCUCUAUGGCUGACUUCUUUCUUGAAGGGCUCUUUGAUGACUCCCUCAUCCAUGUAUUUCUGUUCUUUUUGACCAUAGUGGUCUUCAUGGUUGGGAUUAGUGGCAACACUCUCACCAUUCUCCUCAUCUGUGCUGACUCCCGGCUUCACAUCCCCAUGUACUUCUUGCUCAGCCAGCUCUCCCUCAUGGAUCUGAUGUAUGUCACUACCACAGUCCCCAAGAUGGCUGUCAACUAUCUGUCUGGCAGGAAGUCUAUCUCCUUUGUGGGCUGCGCUGCCCAGCACUUUUUCUAUUUGUCUGCGGGUUGUGCUGAAUGUCUUCUCCUAACUCUCAUGUCCUAUGAUCGCUAUGUGGCCAUCUCUCACCCACUGCGUUAUACUGUCCUCUUGAACAGAAGGGUGACACUGAUAAUGGCUAUCAUAUCAUGGAUAGGAGGAUUCAUGACCUCUCUGACCCUCACAGUGACCUUGAUGCAGUUCCCUUUCUGUGGGUCUCGUAAGAUUCACCAUUUCUACUGUGAGCUUCCAGCUGUUGUGAAGUUGGUAUGCGGAGACAUCACUGUCUAUGAGUCCACAGUGUACAUCUGCAGCAUCUUGCUUCUCCUCAUCCCCAUCCUGCUGGUCUCUACAUCCUAUGCUUUCAUCCUCCACAGCGUCAUUCAGAUGCGAUCUGCUGGGAGUAAGAGAAAUGCCUUUGCCACCUGUAGCUCUCACCUCACUGUGAUUUCUCUCUUUUUUGGUGCCUCCAUCUUCUCAUAUAUGAGGCCCAGGUCGCAGCGCACCCCACUGCAGGACAAAGUCGGUGCUGUGUUCUAUACCGUCAUUACCCCCACCCUGAAUCCUCUGAUCUACACUCUGAGAAAUAAGGAUGUAGCAAAGGCUUUGAAGAAAGUCUUGGGGAAAGAUAUCACUACUCAGUGA